AUGGCAGACAGGAGGCCAUCAGGUCCUCCGGACCCUCCUGAUCCUAAGAGAUCUCAGAAGAAAGACCCUCCUGCAGAGCCCGCUCCCUCUCCACAGGCUCCUCACCAAACUGGAAUUAGGGAUUUCUUCAAGUCAAGCACUACCUCGAUACCCAGUGAGCGCACGCCAUCUCGGCAGCGCGCCCCGUCAAGCACAUCCUCGUCAGGAAGAGGGAUCCAGAGUUUCUUCCAGCCAACGUCGACACCCGCCCCAUCCCAGCAGCGCGCGCACUCUGGGGGUGCUCUUCCGGCUUCUUCAAGUCGCCCAGACCUCAACAGAGAUGACUCUGUCCGAAGAUCCGACGUCCCUCAAGGCCGUCCUCGGGCCCCGACUGUAGAGUCUCUUGCCUCUGGAAUGGGGUCUUUGACUACCUUGCCGUCCUCAGGUAGCCACUCAAGACUUCCUACAGACAGACCAAUAGGAUCCCCACAGCCCCUGCGAUCACGGGCUAACACUCUCAGUUCCCAACCAUCGGUCCAUGGCUCUCCUCGACCCAUUCCUGAUUCACCCCUGGUGCCUAGAUCAACUGCUCCCACUCCCGGCUCGCCUUCUCUGGGAAGAGGAAGAGGUAGCCCUCUAGUGCCAAGCGCGACUACUUCUGGGUCACCCUCUGACCUUUAUCCUGGUUCCCCUUUCACUUUUCCUUUUUUUUUUUCG